CUUCAGAAUGAGUGAGCGUACAAAAGUGUUAGACAAACAGGUUAAGGACAAAAUCAAUGAUUGCCUUGAGAGACUGAGGGAAAUUCAGGCGAUAGAGAUCCGAAUGCAACCGUAUUGUGGUCUUGAACUUCGAUUAACCGCAGCAUCUACUUGUGAUGUCGACUUGUGGCUUCAGAGAUGGAAGAUAACUCGCGGAAGAGAUCUAGAAUACUACACUUGUUUACUCGGCACCCUGGGUCAAGCCUGUUCAACGAUGAAAGUUGCAACUCGUAUUAUAGCGAUUCGUGCGUUACAUCUCAUUUUUGAAUACAAAGGGAUAAAACCUCCACCCCCGGUAGUAAAUGCUGAUCCUUCACAACUCCAAGCUCUUCAUGAAGAACAUCUCCAGGACGAGUUUGACUUAUUGGAAGAUCUUUUACUUAAGAUUCGAGUGAAACAUCGCCUCCUUACCAGACUAUGUAGAUCCACAGUCGUAUGAUCCUUAAUUUAUCAAAUAUACAGACUCUGUUUUUCUUUUUAUGCUUUCUGUGCCUCAUAUGUCAUUACAGAGUUAUGGAGUUUCAAUCAUUGUACAAACCAAUGGAGAGUAAAGAGUUUCAAAUUUCAGAGUUA